CGUUUUAAAUUGAACAAAAGUAUUUUUUAUUUUUCACCAUAAUUACACAUUUAAAAUUUAGGUUAACAACGUGAUUAGUGAUAACAAAUUUAAAAUGGUAAUCCGUACUCGUUAUUUUGUAAGGUCUAUGCAAUUUUCAAAACAUACAAUGAGUAAAAGACCAAGAACAGAACCACCAAAUGAUGAUUUCUGGGGAGACGAUUUCACUUGUGAUGAAGUGAAUACUAUUGACAAUAUUGAAACGCUUGUUUCACAAUCGCACUAUCCCGCUCAUCUCAAUGAAACUAAUACCUAUAAUAAUUGUGGGUUCAAAGUAGAAAGUCAAACAAAAGAAGGUGAAGUUAAAAAUUUAAAAAUGAAAAUUAAGCAACUAGAAGUACAACUAAGUAAAACAAAACAAGAAAAUGAUGAUAAAUACAAACAUUUGAGGAUACAAAUGGAAAGUAAGGAUACAGAGUUAAAAUUUCAAAAACAAGAAAUUACUGCGUUACAAAAUAAAAUUAAGGAAGUUACCAUAAAUGUUAGCAAAGUUGUUCCACAGAAAAAUGUUUCAUUUAGUUGUAUGAAAACUGGUAGCAAUUCUAAAUUAUUACAUGAUGCUUCUGAGCAUUUUAAAAAGACUACAUCAACACAAACUUACCAAGUGAAAGAAAAUUAUCAUGAUUCUUCAAUUGAUAGUAUUGUAGAAGAGAUAAAUAGACACAAAAAUUAUGAAAAACUGAAAAAACACUUGUACCCUGAUCUCUAUGGAUGUCCCAAUAUCAAUAAUAAUGUAAAAAACAACGGUUCAAUACAAGAAUGUCACAUUAUACUAACCAAAAUUAUAAUAUUAGAAGAUUUUAAUGGAGUCCAAACUUAUUCUUUAAUUAAAAAAUUGUUCCAAAACUGCACUGAUGUAAUAGAAUUAACAAUCAAUACUCUAAAAAUGUCCCUAGGUAAUGCUGAUUUCGUAAAACGCGAAAAAGAACUUAUAUAUAGCUAUUUAAAAGGAAAUCAACACAAAUCAAAAACUUCUUUGUUUGAUUUGCAAUUUUCUUAUUUAUUAGAUAGUAUAUCAGUAUUAACUACUGUCACAGAUCUUGUGUCAAAAGUUGUCUUUCAUGAUACAAAUGACACAUUUAAAACUAUAAUCUCAUUUUUACAAAUGAUUGGUUCGCAAAGCCUUACUUAUGAAUUUAUAUUAACUAUAAAAAUGAUAGUAAAGUUUUUGACUAAUGUUUGCAAUAAUCAUAAGGAUGUAUCUGAACAAAAACAGUUGGAAAUAUUCAGCAUAGUGAAAGAAAUUGUAUUUUGUCGCCCUCCUGUUGAGAUCAUACAGGAAUUAAUCAACUUGUUUUGCCAAACCACCAUUUAUCCUGUAUUUACUAAGAACUUAUGUCAACUACCUUCUCAAAAAACAUUUAUUUUAUCUGAAAGCAUAAGUACAUUUACUACAGGUAAAAAUAUUCAUUUUUAUUUUACUUCAAAUAAUUCUAUUUUUACUAACAUUGUGCCAUAUAUACAUUUAGGAACAUGUGUGCUUCGUGUAUUCUGUUUACAAUUGGAAAUCUUAAAAUACAACUAUUACAUUAUAUCAGAUUUUUUAAGUUAUGUAUAUGUUCUCCUAAAUAGUAAGCACGUACCUAAAUGGAUGAAUAAACAUCCAAAAAAAAAAUGUGAAUGUACAUCAUCCUUCAUUGAGUUAAUUAUACACUUCUUGUAUAUAAUCUUCAAUGACUACGAAAAAGAAAGAGAUUUAUUUACUCAUGAUGUAUUGAAAUUGGUGGAAGAAAUAAUAGGAAAUAGCUACUGUAUACUUUAUCGGCUAGGAAAGUUGGAUGAUGAUUUCCGCAGUCAUAUAGGUAAAUGUAAGGGGCGGUAUGAUGCGAUUGUUGGAAAAAUUCAAAAGCUUAAAAUCUGCAGUUCAAACAAAUUUUUAGUAAGAGAAUUAAAGCGAAUUGAGUUCAAAUCGUUACCUAGUAGUCAGUGCAGUUCUAAUUUAAAGUAUGAAGCUUUUCCUAUUGAUAUACCAAAAUUCACACAAAAAUCACAAUGUCAAUUUGAAGAGCCAAACAAACAAAACAAUGACAAAAUAUUUCAAUAACCAGCAAAUAUCUUUGAUUAAAUUCCUCCUUGUCAAAACAACCAUUUAUUCAGACCAAAAUAAACACUUAAAGUUUCAUUGUCCGACACAUCGUUAUCCUCGUUUUCACUUUUCGCGUAAUUGGAACAUAAUUUAGUUUUAUCAUAAAACUCUAUGUCUUCAUCAGAACUUGGGUGGUGGCUGCCGUU